AUGGCUACUAUCAAGACAGAUCCAAAGUUCCUCAAGUUCCGUCAAUUGUUCUCCAAAGCACGUUCAGUAGUGGUUUUGACAGGUGCAGGAGUUUCUGCAGAAUCCGAUGUUCCAACAUUUCGAGGAGAUGGUGGUCUCUGGCGCCAAUUCAAUGCCACGGAUUUGGCCACGCCGUCGGCUUUUGCUCGAUCACCAUCACUCGUUUGGGAAUUCUAUCAUUAUCGACGAGAGCUUGUUCGAACAAAACAACCAAAUAAAGCUCAUUUGGCAUUGGUUGAAGCCGAAAAUCGGUUUGAGAAAGAAGGAAAACGAUUUUUUAUCAUAACUCAAAAUGUUGAUGGACUUCAUCGACGAGCAGGUUCUCGUAAUCUCAUUGAAAUGCAUGGUAAUCUUUUCACGACACGAUGUACAUCAUGUGGUUUUAUUGAAGAAAACAACGACAGUCCAAUUUGUGAAGCUCUACGAAAUCGAGGAUUACCAAAUGAGAGUGGUACUGAGAUUGCAAUAAAAGAUCUUCCUAGUUGUCGUCAAUGUCAAUCCCUUGUUCGUCCUCAUAUUGUCUGGUUUGGUGAAUCACUCUGGCCUGGUGUUAUGGAGAAAAUCGAUGAAGAACUCAGUCGCUGUGAUCUAUUUUUAGUUGUACGUUGA